CAGCAAAAGCCUCAACUUUCCAGUCCUAAUUUUCUUCUUCCCCAAGCACUCCUCUCCUUUCCCUCUUCCUCUAAAUAUUUUCUCACACCUUCCCUCGUUUUCUUUUUCUUUCCCUUCUCCAUAAUCUCACCGUCCCAUUCUGGUUCCUCAUUCAAUAAUUUCAAUUUGUAAUUCCCAUUUUUAUUUUUCCAUCAAAUAUAGUAGGGAUGUUCGUUUCUAGGGUUUUAGCUCGCGUCUCCAGGAGGACCAUCCCCACGAGCUCCUUGCUCCUCUCUUCUCCACAAACUAACCACCUUUCGAAUCUCUCCAAUCAGUUUCAUUCCCUUGUCAACGAAUCCUCCAUCAAGUUGGCUCCUGGCCAGGUCUCUCUAUUCCAUCUGAGUUCUUCUCCCUUUCAAAGAUUUGGUUUUGCUUCUUCUGCGUCCCCCGAGACUUCUGAAAAAGAACAUGGGAGUAAUUCAGAGAAUAAUGGAGAUGCUAAAGUCUCCAGUCAAGCCGCCUCUGAGCAGAGUGAUGUUGCUGAUCAGACAAAAGAAUCAGGUUCUAUAUCAGAUUCUCAGUCUACUAUGUCUAAUAAUGUGAAAACAAGGAGAAGAACUAAACGAACAGCAUUUUCUGAUUCAGAUUCCGACGAGGAUUUGAGUGUAGAUGAUCUGGUGAAACUUGUGGCUGAGAAGGAAGAGCUUUUGAAGCAGAAGCAUAAAGAGAUUGAGAAAAUGCAAGAUAAAGUCCUCAGAAGCUAUGCGGAAAUGGAGAAUGUCAUGGACAGGACACGACGUGAAGCAGAGAACUCGAAAAAAUUUGCCAUUCAGAAUUUUGCAAAGAGUCUACUUGAUGUUGCAGACAAUUUGGGACGAGCUUCUUCAGUUGUCAAAGAAAGCUUUUCAAAGAUUGACACAUCUAAGGAUUCAUCUGGGGCUGCUCCACUUUUAAAAACACUUCUAGAGGGUGUUGAAAUGACAGAAAAACAACUUGUAGAGGUAUUUAGAAAGUAUGGACUAGAAAAAUAUGACCCUACUAAUGAGCCAUUUGAUCCACAUAGACAUAAUGCGGUAUUCCAACUUCAAGAUGCUUCUAAACCUCCGGGAACUGUAGCUGUGGUUCUGAAGUCCGGUUACAUGCUUUAUGAUAGAGUUGUUCGGCCAGCUGAAGUUGGUGUAACUCAAGAAGUAGAGAAUGAUUCAGCUGAUAAGGAAUGAAUGAUUAACAAAGCGCUGCUGAUGAGGACCCUCAAGCUUGACUUGGCUUGCGGGUUGUCAACAAGAAAAUUUUGCAAUGUUUCCAGAAUUGUAUUAACAAUAAACAAUAAAUUUUUCUAGUUAGAUUUUCUUCACAGUACAAAAACCAAUUAUUUCUUCCCCUUAAUCAUAUCUGGGCCUGUUAUUUAUGGUUUCGUUGUAAAAACAGUGGGACAAAGCAAGAGGGCUUUGGUUUUAUUUUCACUAAUACAACUUAGAGGUUUGUAAACGCCUAAAACAAUGAAGCGUAGCUGUUUGUUGCUUUAAACACUAUAUUUGAAGGAUCGGUUAUAUAUUA